UGGUUCCUUCUCUUCUUCAUUGACCUUCUGGGAAUUGAUUCAACAUGCCUCACUCAUAUGGUAUCCGCGCCCGCACCCGUCACAUGUUCGCCCGUAACUUCAGGGAGCAUGGUAUGCCUAUCAAGCUUACCACCUACUUGAAGACCUACAAGGUUGGCGAUAUUGUUGACAUUAAGGCCAACGGUGCUAUCCACAAGGGCAUGCCCCACAAAUUCUACCAUGGUCGCACUGGUAUCAUUUACAACGUGACCAAGUCCGCUGUUGGUAUCAUCAUCAACAAGAGGGUCGGCAACCGCUACCUCGAGAAGCGUGUCAACAUCCGUGUUGAGCACAUUAAGCACUCCAAGUGCCGUGAUGACUUCUUGCGUCGCGUCAAGGAGAACGCUGCUGCCAAGCUUAAGGCUAAGACUGACGGUGUCAAGGUCAACUUGAAGAGACAGCCCGUCCAGCCUCGUGAGGCCCGCUUUGUCACCAUCAAGAACAACACCCCCACCACCCUCAACCCCAUCCCCUACGACACCCUUGUUUAAGAUGCUGUGGUGUGUGGAAUUGAUUAUAGUGUGGAAAAAUCGAUGCAAAGCAAUAAACAAACGAAGCAGAAAUGCUUCCACAGAAGACAACUUUAUUUAAUGAAGGGAGGUUUUGGUAAC